AUUCACCUGUCCCGUGUAGCAAAAGUGGCCCAAGUGAUUUGUGUAUCGAGUGAAAGUGUAAUUGUGUGUCAAGUGCACGUGUUUGUUUUGUAUGUUAUCAGAAUUAGUGCAUUAUUAGUGUUUUGUGUACAAUUGGAUUUAUGAAAUUUGAGACAAGCCGCCGAGAAUUUUGUGGCGCAAACAGUUUAGCUGCCAGCUGAAGAUCACUGAAUCUUUGUUCACCGCCGACAUGGCUUGUAUUCAGCUGUCCGUGGUGUCAUGGCCUCGAGACGGUCAUCCGACAAAGGUCGACAGCGACACAGCGAGCACCUCAACCAUCGUCCGCAGCACCUCCUUCAGCCGGAAGAACCGGAAGAGCAACGUCCUCAUAGCGCGCAACCAGUUUCUUAUCAGCACGACCUUGUCGAAGAAGAGUCGCAGUUCUGGCACGCAGCCGACGAGCACCUGGACCGACGUCACCUGUUGCACCGUUCCCCGUCGGAUCCCAUCGAACGCGAUCGCGUCAGGGAGACGCCGAUGAGCCGACGCCUUUCGACGCACCAUCAACAUCAACAGCACCAUCAACAUCAGCAGCCACAUCAUCAUCGCACGACGAGUACGCAACACGAUCACCACAUCGCCACGUCAUCGCAAACGGCCUCUAAUCAUUUCCAUUCAGGCAAUCAUCGAUCUCACAGGCACGAGUCGUCCGAAUCUCAGCCUGAAUCACCGCUGGAUCAUCGCACCGUACUGAGUAGACAAACGCAGCAGACGGCGCACCAGCCUCCGCCUCAUUCUCAGCCUUCUGCUCACCAUUCUACUCAUUCGAUCAGCCACGGCACUCAGACUCGACCUGCUUCACCAGUGCCUCUGCACUUCAGCGAUUUGGGACUUUGCUUGUCCGCUGCUCAGAUCUAUCCGCUCAUAGUAUCAGAUUUACAAGAUGGCAGACGCGCAUCGGCCUUGGCCCUAGGCGUAUCUAGCCUGUCUGUGGGAUCGGACUAUGGUGGUUUUGGCACCGGCAGCGGUAGCGGCGGUCUGUUGUUGCAGCACUCUUCGAGCGGCUACGUUGCGGGCGGCAGCGGCGGUUCCACGCUCAAGCUGACCGGCAGGCCCAGAUCGGUGCGAUCCGUGAGGUCGACGCACAGCGACCAGCAGACACAAACCAACGGCAGGCAACGGUCUACGCCACGGUCCAGUUGUAGUUGA